GAAUCAGUUCAGCUCUUGGCUUGUUUUUGGAUAAGCCAAUCAGGUGCUUGCACUUGUAUAUUCUUUGGCCGGUUCAGUUUGAUAUGUCGUACGAGGUUAGAAGUGUUGAGAAGUGGAAUUGUUAAUUAGUUUUUAUAUUUCAUUUAUAAUGGUUUGAUUUUUUUAUUUGACUUAAUCUGAAAAGUAUAACUAGGGAAAUGGAGUUGCUCAAGAUAAUUGUACUGUUGUUAGUCACCUCAUUAGAUUAUGUACUAUGUAAAAAGAAGCCCAAAUCUGUAUCAACUGUAAUAGAUGCUAAAUGGGAUUCAACUCCUUUAGUUCUUGAAAUGGCAGAAUUUUUGGCUGAUGAAAAUGAAUCUUUUUUCUGGGAUUACAUUGAUUCGAUCUCUUCCUUAAAUCCAUCCUUGGUUGAAGCUGGAACUGAUAAGGAGUAUUAUGAUAGAGCAUUAAAUGUUUCAAAAAAGUAUUUGUCUACUACUCAAGUAUCACUUUUGGAAUUUGCCUUGAGUCUUCAUGUUUAUUCACCAAGAGUGGAAAUGUUUAAUCAGAUUGCCAAAGAAAAAGAAAUCAGCUGUCAGACAGCUGUAGACAUAGGUGGAACUGUUAUCUGUGACUGUGAUAAAAUCCUUGAUAACAUCAAUGAAGUUAGGGCUAGUUCUGAAGUAAACAGUGAAGAAGUGUUAAGAGUAGACCAUAAGUAUUCUAAUAGUGAUGGUAUAGUGGUAAUUUUAUAUGGUGAAUUAGGCACAUUACAAUUUAGUCGUUUUCAUAAAAUAUUAAAGGAAGAAGCCGAGAAGGGCCAUAUCACAUAUAUUAUUAGACAUUGGAUUCAGAAAUCAAGUAAUAAAAAGUUGCGGUUAUCUGGUUAUGGUGUUGAACUUCAAAUGAAAUCUACUGAGUAUAAAGUUCAGGAUGAUACGAAAGUUGAGGGAAAUGCAGCAGAAGAGAGCGAGGAAGAGGAGGAGGAAGUUGAAGGUUUAAAUUUUCAUCGUUUAAAGCAGUUAUAUCCUGAUAGGAUAGAGAACUUUGAUAAAUUGCGACAAAACUUACUUGAAACAUCAAGUGAAUUAGCUCCCUUAAAAGUAUGGCAGUUUCAAGAACUUAGCCUACAAGCAGCUCAAAGAAUAAUGUCUGCACCAAAAGAAGAAGUGUUGCAUGUUUUAACAUACAUUAGCUCCAAUUUCCCAACUCAGGCCAGAUCACUUGUCAAAACUGUAGUAAGCCAAGAACUGAAAACAGAAAUGAGACUAAACCAGGAUAAGUUUUCGACAUCACUUCACUUACAGCCUUCUGAUACAGCUCUGUUCAUCAAUGGAAUGUAUUUUGAUCUUGAAACUCAAGACAUUUUUACAAUAUUGGAAUAUAUCAGAGAAGAACUGCGGGUUAUGGAAAGCCUUCACAUUAUUGGAUUAACUGACAAGAAGUUAUCUAAGUCAUUGUUAGCAUUAGACUUAAAUGGUGGUGGUGUCGAUUUCGCUUUAGAUAUACGUGACUCUGCUGUUGUAUGGAUCAAUGAUAUUGAAUUAGAUAAACAAUACCGUCGUUGGUCAUCUUCUCUUCUUGAUCUUCUUCGUCCCACCUUCCCUGGAAUGCUCCGUUCUGUUCGCAAAAACCUUUAUAAUUUGGUAGUAAUUGGAGAUCCUUCUAAAAAAGAAGUGGUACCCUUGAUAAAAUUGCUUCAAUCUUUUUUGAUACACAAUGCACCCUUGCAUCUUGGUAUUGUUUUUUCUGUCGAUGAAACUAAAAAUGGAUAUGAAGAUAGUGGAAUCGCAAUGCUCAAUGCCUUCAACUACGUGUCAGAAAUUAAAGAUGUCUCACAGGCACUUAACUUCAUAACUGAUGUUUAUGCAUCUGUUGCAAAUAACGACAUUGCACCUGCAGAUAUACAUAAAUUAUUGAAGUCUAAAUUCCCAGGAUUUAAGCAAGAUGAAGUAUUUGGUCCAGAAUCUGACUACAAUACUGGUAUUAAACUUUCAAUUGAUUUCAUUUCUAAAUCUGGUCUUCGUAAUUUACCUCAGGUUCUGCUUAACGGAGUUGCUUUACCUGAAAAAAGUUUAAAUGCUGAUGAAUUUGAAGAAGCUGUCCUUAAUGAAAUAAUGGUUCAAACACCAAAUCUUCAGAAAGCUGUGUAUAAAGGAGAAUUGACUGACAAGGAUAAUGUAAUUGACUAUAUCAUGAGUCAACCAAAUGUUAUGCCAAGGUUAAAUGAGAGAGUACUUUCUUCAACAAGAAGUCACUACUUACCACUUCCUAAAUUCACAAAUAAGCUUACUCUCGAUAUGAUUGAUUCAGGGAUAUCUUAUUUGUCGAGUAAAUCUUCAAAACAAGGAAUACAUUUGUUAACUAACUGGAUAGUUUGUGAUCUCAGAGAUGAAGAUGGAAGAUCUGUUCUUCAGAAUGCAAUUGAACAAAUGGAAGGAAGUGGAAAAAUAAGGAUUGGUCUAAUAAUUAAUGAAAGGGAGACUAAAAGUCCUAGUUGCGAUAUAAACAGGAUUGCACUUGCUGUUCUGAGGCAACUUCCUUCUGAUAAAGCUCUGGAGAAAGUGAAAGAUAUAUUACAAGACUUCCCUGCUAUAGAGGCUGGUAUCAGAACCUUCAGUGACUACGGUGUCUCUCCAGACCAGGAGGAAAUAGAAACUGCGAUCCAGUUACACAGGCAGUUUUCAAAAGAGAUCCUCAAUUUUGAUAGAGGUGUGAGGGGAAUAGUCAACAAUGGUAGGCUUAUCGGUCCAUUGCAGGCUGGUGAAGACUUUACUGUGGAUGACUUCUCUCUUCUUGAAAGGUUCUCUUUGUCUACAUAUGUUGACAAAAUAUAUACUGCUAUUGCAGCAAAUUCUGUGGAUUUAGAUACUGUUACAAGCGAUAUGCUUAUGAAGUCUGUAUCCCUCCUUGCCUCACGCCCUGAAUCUAAAAGUCGUUUUGAAAUAACACCUACUGGGGAAGAUUUUAGUGUAGUAAAACUUAUGGCAAAUGAUGAUGGGCCAGCCUUUGACCUGGUUGCUAUCGUAGAUCCAGUAUCGAGUGGGGCACAUAUAGUUGGCUACCUACUUUCAACUCUACAGCAAGUUGUGAGAGCUGAUAUUAGAAUUUUCUUGAAUUGUGUAGAGAAGAACAGUGAUAUGCCUUUGAAAAGUUUUUAUCGUUAUGUCCUGGAGCCAUCAUUACAGUUCACAUCGAGUGGUAGUUUGGGUUCAGGCCCAGUAGCGAGGUUUUCCAACAUGCCAGGUACUCCAUUACUAACUCAGAACAUGUUAGUGCCUGAUAAUUGGAUGGUAGAAAAUAUUGCAAGUCCUCAUGAUCUUGAUAACAUCAAACUUGAUCAAGUUGAUUCCAAUGUACACAGUCAGUUUGAAUUAGAAUAUCUAAUUGUGGAAGGACAUUGCUUUGACUCAGUUCUUGGGUCUCCCCCAAGAGGACUUCAGAUAACAUUGGGAACUGACCGAUCACCAACUGAAUUUGACACUAUUGUGAUGGCUAACCUUGGUUACUUUCAGCUAAAGGCUAAUCCAGGCUUAUGGAAGUUGAGACUACGUCAUGGCAGAUCAGAAGCUCUCUAUGACAUCACUGGUUAUAGUUUUGCAGGUGUUGAAUAUCCAGUAAAUUCGUCUGAAAUAAAAGUAGUCCUUAGCUCAUUCCGAGCACACACUGUCAAACUGAAAGUGACAAAAAAACCUGAUAAAAGUGGAAUAGACUUAUUGGGAGAAGAUACUGAAGAGCAGUCAAGUUUGUGGGGAUCUAUUACCAAUACGUUUGGAGGUGGCAGUAAGGCAGAUGCUGCUGAAGGAGAACAGGAACCAAUAAAUAUAUUCUCUCUUGCUUCAGGUCAUCUAUACGAACGUUUCUUGCGUAUUAUGAUGUUAAGUGUACUUAAAAACACUAAGAGCCCUGUAAAAUUUUGGUUUUUAAAAAAUUAUCUAUCUCCUACUUUGAAGGAUUUCCUUCCUAGAAUGGCUAAGCAUUAUGGCUUCCAGUAUGAACUUGUUCAGUACAAAUGGCCUAGAUGGCUUCAUCAACAGACAGAAAAGCAGAGGAUCAUUUGGGGUUAUAAAAUUCUGUUUCUUGAUGUUCUAUUCCCUCUGGAUGUAAAAAAAAUAAUAUUUGUUGAUGCAGACCAGGUUGUGCGUGCAGACAUGAAAGAAUUAGUUGAUCUUGACUUGGGUGGAGCACCAUAUGGGUAUACCCCCUUCUGUGAAAGUAGGACAGAAAUGGAUGGUUUCAGAUUCUGGAAGAGUGGCUACUGGAGGAACCACUUACAAGGACGGAAGUAUCACAUUAGUGCUCUAUAUGUGGUAGAUCUGAAAAGAUUUAGGAGAAUAGCUGCGGGUGAUAGACUCAGGGGGCAGUAUCAAGCUCUUAGCCAAGAUCCUAACAGCUUGUCCAACCUUGAUCAGGAUCUACCCAAUAAUAUGAUACACCAAGUAGCAAUUAAAUCACUUCCUCAAGAAUGGCUGUGGUGUGAGACUUGGUGUGAUGAUUCCUCCAAGAAGAGAGCAAAGACAAUUGAUCUAUGCAACAACCCGAUGACCAAAGAAGCUAAGCUGACUGCAGCUAUGAGGAUAGUUGGAGAGUGGAAAGACUAUGACAAUGAAAUUAAAAGACUGCAGUUGCAACUUGGAGAAACUGAAGAUCAUGAGGAAGAAGCUAUUGUUCCACCAGUACAAGUGCCAGAAGUACAUGAGCAUUCCGAGCUCUAAAAGAAACAAAUCUUCACUGUGAUUUUUUUCAUCAUCACUCACAUCAAGCCUAAUUGUGCCAGUAAAAGACUUAAUUGUACAGCUGUUUAAUAUAAUUCUCUUGUGACAUAUAAAAACAUAAUAUGUUGUAAGUAUUUGUAAUUUAUAAAUAAAUUGUUUGUUUUUUUGUUUUUUAA